UGUAGUCGAGGGAAAAUAAAAGGACCAUAAUUUUUCUGAAGUUUGAAGUGUGUUUCCUAUUUACCCGCCAAAUAUUAUUUGCAUAUUUAAAAAUACCUUGGAAAAGUGUCCGCUAGAAACUGAAUGUUGAAUAAUGUCUGGAAUCGCAGCUGCUCGAUUAGCUGAAGAAAGAAAAGCUUGGAGAAAAGAACACCCUUUUGGUUUUGUUGCCAGACCUUCAAAAAAUACUGAUGGAUCUCUCAAUUUAAUGAACUGGGAAUGCAACAUACCUGGUAAAAGGGGGACCCCUUGGGAAAGUGGACAUUAUAAACUAAGGAUGAUCUUCAAAGAGGACUACCCAAGCAGCCCCCCAAAAUGUAAAUUUGAACCUCCUCUCUUUCACCCCAAUGUGUAUCCAUCUGGCACAGUUUGUUUAUCAUUACUCGACGAAGAAAAGGAUUGGAGACCCGCAAUAACGAUUAAACAAAUUCUUUUAGGCAUACAAGAUUUGCUAAAUGAACCCAACGUUAAAGAUCCAGCGCAGGCAGAAGCAUAUACUAUUUAUUGUCAAAAUCGCUUGGAAUAUGAAAAACGGGUAAGAGCUCAAGCCAGAGCUAUGAGUCAUCAAGAACUAUGAAACGACUGACUAGCUUUGUAAAUUUUUCCUUUAUAUAUGAAAGUAUUUACAUACAUACAUAUAUGUGAUUAUUGAAUAUGGUGAAUAUUGUAACUAAGUUUUACAAAAACGAUAAUACUCUAUACAAUUAUUAGAAAAUAAGUUAUAUUAAGUGUAAUUAUAAUUUAACUUUAUGUAUUUUUAUAUUGCA